AUGCUACAUGUUUAUAGAGACAUUAUAAGGGAGGUUAACGUUACAUUAUACAAUAACUUCUAAUUCUAUUGGUAGUUCAGAUAUGGUCUCGUUUUGUAACUGCCACAAAGCUACCACAGGAGCUUGAGCCAAGAGUGUGAAGAAGUUCUGCCUGAUUGGUUGAACCCAAUAACUUCUCUACUAGCUGAAGUUGGCGAACAUUCUAGUUAAUAGUCUGGUAAAUAAGAGUAGUUGACUACGCGCAGAUGUUUGUCAGACACACCCUCCUUGGGCUAGCUACGUCAUUUAAGCGCCUUGAAACAUGGUAGUGGUAGUAGCACUAGCUAGCUAACAUGCUAUCAAUGUAUUCAAGUUACCAAUUAAUUUCCUCACAGACAUAAAGGUUUACUUUUAAAUAUAUAAGUUAAGUUAUUGUCAAAUCGAUUAUCUCCUUCAAUCCUGUCAAUGUCUGUGAUAGCGUCUGAUUGUCGCGGCUGGCUCUUGGACUCGCAGUCUUUCAUUAAUGUGAAUUACUGUAACCUUGCAAGUGAUGGUUGCAAGCAACGGGGUGCAACGUAUCGUUUUAAAAAAGAGUAUUUUUACAUUUUUAAGCCAUAUAUUACUUCUAAAACCACGCCAGAGAAUGUGGGAACGAAAACACCGGAGGAUGACCUAAGGACCCUUUGUGGUGACAAGAAGCCCCCUCAGAGGAAAGGAAGAAAACGCAAACGAGAUCUGAAUCAGGGUGAGCUUGAUUCCCAAGUCUACCAUGAAAAGAUUAGACAGCUGGUUCAAGAGGGCACUCGAUCUUUAGUGGAGGUUGGGCAAUCUCUUGGAUACCUGACAGGUUCAGCUCCUGAGGGGGCAACAAAGACGAUUACACCUCAGGAAUGUCACCUGGCGGCCAUGUGUGAUAUGGCCAAGUCAUUGCCUGUGGAUGGUUCCGUGGCCCUCCAGUCGAUCUGCGGAGAUGAAGCACUGGACUUGUUUUCGAGAGUAACAGAGAAUCCAUUUGACCACAGUUGUGAGGUGCCACUGAUGGGAGAACGCUACCUCCUUCCUGGCCGUAGCCGUUUCCUUCUCUCUGAUAUUACACGCACGCAGCCCCUCGUGAACUGUGGGGAGAAGUUUGACCUUAUUGUUCUGGAUCCACCCUGGGAGAAUAAGUCUGUCAAAAGAAGCAGUCGAUACAGCUUCCUCCCUUCCUCUCAACUCAAACAACUUCCAAUCAGUCUCAUAAGUUCACCUGAGUGUUUGGUGGUUACCUGGGUAACAAACCGCCCCAGACACCUGCGUUUUGUCAGAGAGGAGCUGUACCCUCAUUGGGGAGUGGAACUUCUUGCAGAGUGGCUUUGGGUGAAGGUUACUCAGGCUGGCGAGUUUGUGCUUCCUUUAGACUCUCCACAUAAGAAACCCUAUGAAGUUUUGGUGCUGGGGAGAUACCGCUGUGAUCAAAAUGCCACAACCAGUGCCUUGAGCCAAUGUGAGGCUCCUCUUCCAGAUCAGCGACUGAUUGUCAGCGUUCCUUCAGCUCUGCAUUCCCACAAACCCUCUCUCUCAGCUGUGCUUAAACCUUAUAUUAGACCCGAUGCCAAAUGUCUGGAGAUGUUUGCACGCAGUCUUCACUCAGGCUGGACCAGCUGGGGAAAUGAAGCUCUCAAGUUUCAACAUAUCAGCUACUUCACUAAGGAUACAACAGAUUAGUUACACCCCACAAGGCAGUGACGUUUCCUCAGUCGGCCAACUUUAGCACAAUUCAAGCAUCGGAGGAUAUCUGUAUAGAACAUUACAUAGAGGAAUGCAAUCUUUGUCAGUCAUCUCCCCUUGUGCACUGUCCUUGGGAGGUCUGUGUGAAGUGAACCAAUAAGUGAUUGAUUUGCUAAAAAAAAACAGAGUGCACGCUAGCAAGAAUGUUCAGAUACAUCUGGGCAGUACCCACUUCAUAGAGCCACAUAUCUACCGUGGAAUUAGGCCCUUCUUGUUUCACCUCUGUCUCCCUUUAGAGCCCAAGUUCUCUAUGACCAUGUCACCUUUUAAUACUUAGGAGUUUUAUACUCAUGAGUUUUGCAGCAUUGUGUAAAUAGCUUAGACAUAGUAGAUGAUGAGCUCUGUAAUGUAGCAGUCUUUCAUCUGUACUUUGUAUUGUACAAUAAAUGUGUUUUAAUUUUUUCUCAAUUUAAAAA